AUGUCAGUUACUUUACAUACUGAUUUAGGUGAUAUUAAAAUCGAACUGUAUUGUGACCAAUGUCCACAAGCAUGUGAAAAUUUUCUAGCGUUAUGUGCAAGUAAUUAUUAUGAUAGCUGUCUUUUUCAUCGAAAUGUUAAAGGUUAUAUGAUUCAAACUGGUGAUCCAACUGGAAUGGGUAAAGGUGGUCAAAGUAUUUGGGGUGAAUAUUUUCCAGAUGAAAUCAAUCCAAAUUUAAAACAUAGUCAACGUGGUAUGGUUUCUAUGGCAAGUCGAGGUGCAAAUACAAAUGGUUCACAAUUUUUUAUAACUUAUGGAAAACAACCAAAUCUUGAUGGAAAAUAUACUGUAUUUGGCAAAGUUAUUGAUGGAUUUGAAACACUUGAUGAAUUAGAGAAAUUACCAGUUAAUGAAAAAAAUUAUCGGCCAGAAACAGAUGUUCGAAUACAACGUAUUACUAUACAUGCGAAUCCAUUAGCUGAUUAG